UUAAAGUUCAUCCCAUCGCACAGCCCACGACGGCGAGUUGCGACUGCUGGGACUCGUGGGGAGGCCGUCUUCAGAAACCCUAAAUUUCUGUUUGUACUGCUCUCUAGCUUUUGGUGGCCGCCGUUCUCAUUUUGGUCUCGUUCUGAAAAAUGGCCGAUUCUCAUCGCAAAAGGUACUCUCGAUCUCCUUCCCCUUGGAGAGCUCCUUCAAGGUCAAGAUCUAGAUCCAGGUCCCGAUCUAGGCCCAGGUCCCGAUCCAGAUCAUGGUCAAGGCCAAGGUCCAGAAGUCGUGGAAGAUCAAGGUCCAGAAGUCGUGGGAGGGACCAUGCUCUUAAUACUGGGAAUACACUUUAUGUUACCGGUCUUUCUACAAGGGUCACUGAAAGAGACCUUGAAGAGCAUUUUUCCAAGGAGGGCAAGGUAGCUUCUUGUUUCCUUGUGGUUGAACCCCGUACACGGAUUUCCCGUGGUUUUGCAUUUGUCACGAUGGACAAUGUUGAUGAUGCUAAUCGGUGUGUUAAGCAUCUCAACCAGUCAAUUCUAGAGGGUCGAUAUAUAACUGUGGAGAAGUCACGGAGGAAACGGCCCAGAACUCCAACACCGGGACACUAUUUGGGGUUGAAAAGUACCAGAGACUCUGGCUACCGUGGCGAUCGUGGUGGUAGGUACCAUGGUGGUGGUGGCUCCUUCCGUGAGGACUAUGGGUAUCGUCGGUCUCCAAGACGCAGCCCGUAUCGAGGGGCUCGAGAGUACUCCCCACCUUAUGGUGGAAGAUCAAGGAGGGAGCACUCGAGAUCGCCUCCUUACUCCCCCCCCUAUGGCAGCCCAGAUAGGAGGUAUCCUCCUCGUGGCGCUAGGUGAGGUGUGAGGCCUUUAGUGUACUUCUAUGGUGCUAUUAAGAAAUCGGUGGAUGAAUGGUCAGUAGUGUACUCGGAAUAUUUGUCUGUACCCUCAUAGUUUUAAGCAGUCCCAACUGGUCGAAUGUUGUCAGUCACAUGGUUUAUCAGUUCAAUGUUUCGACUUGUGCUAGUAAACAAUAUUACAAGGUUUUAUGUCCAUCUCACUUUUAGUUUUCUGUUAUUUUUAAUUUUGAAAAACGAGUAAGUUCUCCGUUGGUGCUUUGAGUUAUGCAAGGUUACUUUAUUGAUUGAGUUGUGCUCGAGCCCGAAUUGGCUUCUAGAUAUUUAAUAAUAUAGGCAUAAAUAGAUUGAGUUGUGCUCGA